GAUAAACAAAUACACUUCUAUUUUUAGAAGAACAUGUAGAUAAAUAGGCCGUUAUUAUUAACAACGAAAUGGCGACAAGGACAGUAAAACUUGGUACACAAACGGUGGAGUUUCCAUCAGAUAGACUACAGCAGCUUAAAGAUUGCAAUCACUUGUUGUCUGAUGUAGAGGCGUUACACAAGGAAAUACAGACAAAAGGAUACUUAUUUAUUCGGGGUUUACAUUACCGACAAGAAGUACUUAACGCACGACAAACUGUACUAGAAUACGUCAAAGAACAGGGCAAUGGAAAAUUAGUUGACCCUUGGCCUGAAGGAGUAUUGGAGGCUAGAUGUGGUCAAGGAUGUAUUCCUUUUAUGGAGGGAGACAGAAAAAUAACACACGCAGAAAAUAUUCAAAAAGUUUUGGAAGGUCCUAGACCAAAAGAUUUCUUCAGAAGAUUUUUGGGCGAGGAACCAAGAACUUUCGAUUUUAAAUGGUUAAGAGGUAUAUACAGAGAGGCAUUCACUGGUGUCCACGUUGACCGUGUUUACAUGAACAGAGGAACACCAAAUCUUUACACAAUGUGGACUCCGUUUGGAGAUGUAACACUUGAAAUGGGAUGUUUAGCUGUAUGUGAAGGUUCUAAUUCUCUAGAAAGUUUUCAAUACUUCCAGAAAACAUAUGGACAUUUAGAUGUUGAAGCUGCCAAACUUAAAGGAACUGGAUGGUUUACUACUGAUCCAUGGGAAAUAACAGAGAAAUUUGGAGGACAAUGGAAAACAUCAGACUUCAAAGCAGGAGAUGUGUUAAUCUUUACCAUGGGGGCAGCGCACAUGUCUACAGCUAACUUAACAGACUUGCUCAGAAUCAGUUGUGAUACAAGAUGGCAAAGAGUAAGUGAGAAAGCAGAUGAAAGAUACAUGGGUGAUAAUUUUGGACAAAAAGUUAAAUUUGGUCUACACUUCAAAGAUGAUAAAAGUGAUGAAGAAGAAGUGACAAUAGAAAAACUGAAGAAGACCUGGGGCAUUUAAAAAUGAUGCAAAAAU